UCCUUGAAUUUGCGUCUCCUCCCCUCGCAGCUCAUUUGCCAUGUCGAAGAACAACACCGCGAGGAAGCAGCACUGGCGCUCCAGGACGCAGGACUCCUUCGUCCCCCUGACGGACUCCUCGGGGGAGCUCGGCGUCGCCGUGGGAGGGGGCGCCGAUUACGGAGAAUUCCCUUUCGUCACGGCCGCCCCCGGGGACGGACUCGCCGUGGGCGACAUCAUCCUGGAGAUCGGCGGGACGCCCGUCCUGGGGAUGACUUUGGGGGACGUGCGGGGGGUGCUCAACUCCUGCCCCCAUCCGGUCCGGAUCAAAACCGUCUCGCCAGGCGCCACGUUGUGCAAGGAUCUCCGGUUGUACCUGAGCAAGUGCUUCACGCCCGGCUCGGUGGACGGCGCGCUUCAGCAGGUCAUCCGGGAGAACCUUUACCUCCGAGCCGUACCCUGUACGACCAGACCGCCUAGAGCGGGAGAGAUCUCCGGGACGGACUAUAACUUCGUGUCCGUCGAGGAGUUUUUCUCUCUGGAGGGGUCGGGGGCGCUACUGGAGAGCGGAAAGUUUAAAGGGAAUUACUACGGCACGCCUCGCCCCGUUCACGUCGGCACCGACAGCCCCCCCAUCACCUACCAGGAACACCGCAAGCUCCUCAGAAAGUUUCGCACGCGCAGCAAGUCGCUCAGCCACCUGGAGAAAGCCGUGAGCGAAGCGGAGCGCGGCGACGAGGACCUGGGCCUCCGGGGUGGACGUCGCCCACCCGGGGGGCGGCGGGCGUCAACCGACGGGGUCGGGUGCGUCCUGGAAAACGGGUUCCUCGGCAACGGCGCCGCGGCGGAUCGCUGGGAGCAGGCCUUCAGCGACCCGGGAGGCUGCCUCUACGUGGACCACAAGAGGACCAGCUGGCAGAGUCCUCGAGCCGCGAGCGGGGAGCCGGUCUACAAAACCCAAUGGUUCACCGAGCACCCGGAGGAGCUUCGGGGCUUUCUCGUGCGGACGCGUCUGAUCAAGGGCGUCAGGGGCUUCGGCUUCAACAUCGUCGGGGGCAGCAAGCCGCGGGAGUUCCUCCAGGUCUACAGCGUGACUUCGAGCGGACCCCCGGACCUCCAGACAGCGGACAUUCUGGUGUACGUCGAUGACCUUUGCGUGUUGGGGGUGUCGCACAAGAAGGUGGUGGAGAUGCUCAAGUCCAUACCGGUGGGCCACAGUGUGGACAUCGCCGUCAGGAGAGGAUACCCCAUGCUGUACAACCCGGACGGGUGCCCCAAACACAGCCCCGGCGAGGACCCCGUCCUACUUCCCACCACCUCGCAGCCUGAGCCCCUUCACCAUCUAUCCCGCCGCCUGACGCCCAGUCCCCACGGCCAUCUUUUUAACGGGCUCCACGCCGAUUACUUGGAGCCCGGCGGGAUUCUGGACGCCAACGGCAACGCCAGCCGUCGGUCCUCAUUGAGACGCUCCAGUUUGAGCAACACCGCCUCUCCGCCCCUUACGCGCCCGCCGCGUUCCUUGAGAAGUUUAGCCCGGCUGCAGUCGCUUGAGCCGACGUUUGCGAGCCAGAGUGACAGCGAAGUUGUCUCUGCUAUCGGUUCACACAGGGCAUCAAUGAUUCGUAACCACAACAACAACUCCCUGUCCACACCGCAGCAUCCUUUACGUUACGGCAAGUCCUCGGAGAGCGACCUGUCCACUUGCGCGCUGCCCCUCCCCCAGUCGCCCCAAAGGCCCUCGUCCUCGCCGGGCGGCUCCCGCGGCGCUCACGCCCGCCUCUUCAGACCGCAGCCCUCUCACCUCCGACCUGGCCCGACGCCCGAGAGCCCCCGCCGACGCCCGAGAGCCAGCUCCGACGGUUUUGGCGGCGACGGCGGCCCCGCGGCCGGUCCCGGCAAGAUGUCGUCCCCUGGCGGCGGACUCGCCGGGUUCACCGGUGGCGAGCUGGUGCCGGUGGCUUUGGCGCAAAGCGAAGCGGACAGAGGUCUGGGGUUCAGCUUGAUGGCGAGCGGGCCGGGAGGCGGAUCGACCGUGGUCAGGAGAGUCUGGGACAGGAAGCAGUGCAACACCCUGCAGCCAGGGGACGCUGUUGUCAAAAUAAACGGAGCUGACGUCCAGAGUCUCAGCCUUGCUCAGGUACAAACGGUUCUUCAGGAGCACACCAGACAAGGAGAAGUCAUCCUGUUGGUGUACAGGGGAGGGAUCAAUCGAGCCCCCGGCGCCGUUCGGAGACUGCCCCCUCCUCUUCUUCGACCCCCUCCCCCACCCGGCGCCUCGGACGCCGAUGCCUUAUCCGCCCCCCGUACGUCGAUCGCCACGCCGACGCGUUCCUCGCUGAUCCAGAGCACCAGCUUCUUGGAGUCCAUUCCGGUCACUCUGACCAUGGAGCCCAAGGACUGGAUCGGUCCAGGUCUUCGGGAUGCCGCUUCAGGAGAAGAAGAGGGGGCUCGACCCCUCAGGGGGUUCGACGUGGAGCUGAGGAGGAAGCUCGGCGAGGGAUUCGGCUUCGUCAUCGCGUCUCAGGAUCUGGAGAACGUAAAAGCUGCGUCCCUCCUGCCGCACCGCUUUGUGACCGUCCGCCGAGGCAGCCCGGCGGCCAAAAGCGGCCAGAUCCGGCCCGGGGACCGGUUGGAGGCCGUGGAGGGACGCCCGGUGGUGACGCUGCCCCACCGGGAGCUCGCCCAGAUCCUUCGCCGCGCGGGAAACACGCUCCGCCUCACCGUCGUCCCCCGGCCCGGCGCCAACUCGACGAGCCUCUCGGAACCCGCCGAGUCCGACCUCGGGCACAGGAGCAGGAAGGGUCAGAGGUCGCGUCCCAAACGGGAUUCCCGGUACUACGGCGUCGACUUGGAACGCGGCCCCUCGGGAUUCGGCUUCAGCCUCCGAGGCGGCAGUGAGUACAACAUGGGCCUCUACGUCCUGGCGCUGAUGGAGGGCGGACCCGCCUCGCGAAGUCACAAGAUGCAGGUGAGCGACCAGCUGGUGGAGAUCAACGGCGACGGCACGGCGGGGAUGACCCACAGCCAGGCGGUGGAGCGGAUCCGCACGGGAGGCCGGCGCAUCCGCCUGGUCCUCAAGCGGGGAAACGGAUACGUGCCGGACUACGGCCGUGAGCGCAGAGUCGCCUCCCCCUCUCGCCUGCGCCACCCCAAGGAGCAGGGUAUGGCUGCAGUAGACACCGGCGGGCAGAGGGGGCGCCGCUCCAAGCGCGAGCGGAGGGGCGGGUCUUGGGAGGGGCGGGGCAAGGGGACAGGGAGGAGGCGAAGGCGGGGACCCGGAGGGAGCUCUCGGCGGACGAGGGCGUCUCGGAGUUUACCCCCGCCGACGGAUGACGGCCAGGCGGGGAGGGUGAGGAAAGGGGAGAGAGGGAGGAGCGGAGAGAGAAAAGACCGGAAAGAGGAAGUAGCUCCCGCUGAGGAGAGGCCCAAGGGGUCGAGGGUCCAAGAGGAAGAGGAACUGGAGAGAGGAGAAGCGCUGCCGAUUCCAAGUCCUUCCAAAAAGCUUCCCUGGCCCAAAGCGGAGAGCGAGGAGGACCCAGAUGAGAAGUGGGAAGUGGCGGCAGGCUACCGUCACGCGAAGUGGCUCCGAGGCCUGCUGGACCACGACGAUGACUUUGCGGACCAUCAGAGUGGAGAUGACGCGCAAGGGGCGGCAACAUCUGCUGACGCCGUGACCACUUCCGGCCUUCAGAGGAAGCCCUUCGCCUUCCUCGCUUCCGCGCUUUCGGUAAAUCGGCUGAGGGAUGAGGAGUCAGACUCCGGAGGCAGCCAAUCAGACGCCGCCAGCGUCUCCGGCCUCUCUGCGGAAGCGUCCGGCCGCGGGGCCCUCGCGCUCCCGGGCCCCUGGCUCGCUCCCGGCCGUCGUGGGGAACGGGCGGACUUUGGCGCCGUCGGAACGGGAAACGGAGAGGAGCGAGGAUGGCGCUUGACGGCGACGGGAAGUCUGGUGGGAAAAUAA